AUGCCAAAAAAAAGCAAAAAGUCAAGAAGUACAAGGGUGAAAGAAAAUAAAGAAAGACAGAGAAAAGCUAGACAGGAAAAAAACAACAAUCUUAGGGAUGAAAAUGAAAUAGAAAAUAUAUUAGAGAAUAGAAUUGAACAUUUAUAUGAGAAUGAAACUGAAAAACUAGUUCAGAGCGUCAGCUCUAAAAACUAUCAAUACAAGAGAAAUAAAUAUAAUGAUAAUAUAUAUCAGAAUAAAAGUGAUAUACAAAAUCAGACAGAAAAACUAGACCAGAAUCAGGUUAAAAAACUGGAUAAAAAGCAGAUUGAAAAACUGAAUAAAAAUCUGAAUAAAAAAAUUGUUCAAAAUCAGCCAGAAAAACUGGAUCAAAAUCAGAUUGAAAAACAGGAUGAAAAUAGGAUUGUUAAAAAGAAGUAUGAACAUUUUAUUGAACAACUAGAUCUAAAACACAAUUAUCCAUAUAUAGAAACUGAGAGUGAAAUAGUACUUAUGAAUAAAGUUCAAUUGGAACAAUAUCAAAGUAAAAUAAACAACAACACUUCAAUCAAAGCACAAUGUAACAACAAAAUAAACACAGCUAUGGUUAAGGAUUGUGUAAAGGUUAGUAGACCAGGUAUUAGAAAUACAUUUGUACAAGGUAGUUUUCACCAAGGAGAUUUAAGGUUUGGUUUAAACAGUGGUAAGCAAUGUGUGGCAAAUUGUUGUUCAGCUCUUGCUUUUAGUAAAUUGAAAGAUUUAACCUAUUGGGAUCAGACAUAUUUAGAUAAGGUUCUGAUUUAUGGGAAUGAUUUAUAUAGCCGUGUUAGUGGUAAUUAUCAUCACUUAUUAAUAUCCGACCUACCACCAAUAUUAGAUAUAUCAGGAAAAUUGAUGCAAUUGUCACUAAAAGAGUCGAUAGCUGCUGUAAUAGAUACAUCAGAAAGUAUUGAUUUUAGUGAAUUUGGUAAUUCUUUGCCAUUAGACCAAGCUUUACAGGAAUCCCUCGUAGAUUAUGAUGCUUGCUUUAUAUGUGCAUAUGAUACUUCAUUUUUAGCCUUGAAACAUGGCGUAGAUUUAUUUUUGUUUGAUUCACAUGCAAGAAACGAGUUUGGUUUAAAGCACAGUAAUGGCAAAAGUUUACUUUUAAAAUUGAGCAGUCUAGAUCAUCUUUAUCAAUACUGUUGCAACAUGGUAUCAGGAGCAAGUCAAAAUCAGUGGUUUGAAGUAACUGGAGUAAGCAUAUCUAUAGUUGGAGAACCUGUUGUGUACAAUAAUGGUGAUAAAAGUCCUGAAAACCAUAAAGAAUUGAACAACAUCAACUGUAGCAAUAUUGGAAAUUAUGAAACAAUGAACACCAGUGACUAUGAGCUGCCUGAAAUUGUUGAAGUAGAAAACAAAAAAGGGUCAACCCUUACAAAAGCACACGAAAAAAUAAAUGUAACAGUUGACAUCUUUAGCUCUGAAAGUAAUGCCAAUAAUAAUAUCAACAAGAAUGAGUCGGAUGUUGAAAUUGUGUCUGCAACUGACAUGUCUUAUGAUUUUAAACCAAUCAACACUAUUGCAAAGAAAAAGCUUUGUCUUAUUGUUAAGAUACCAACUAAGCAUAUUCACAAGCAAAUCACCAAUACUAUUUUUGAUAUGGGCCCCCCAUCUACUACAAAAUCUAUCACAGGUGAUGGAAAUUGUUUGUUUCGAGCUAUUUCAUAUGCACUUUCAAAUAGACAGGAGUUUUAUGGAAAUAUAAGAAAAGCUAUAGUUGAUCAUUUGAUAAGAAAUGCAGAAAUGUUUAAAUCUUUUUUACAGCCAAGAUUUAAAACUGUUGAAGAGCACAUACAAACUCUCCAGAUGAAAGGAAAUAAUGUAUGGGGAACUGAGUUGGAGAUUAUAGCAUGUGCAGACCUGCUAAAAACUGACAUUUACACUUAUUACAAUGAUUCGUGGAUUAAAUAUUCUUCAUCUCAAUUAUGUAGCAAAAACAAAAUUAAUGUUCAGGCAAUCUAUAUUCAACAUCUAACUGGCAUCAAUCACUACGAAGUUGUCACAGCUGUAAGUCAAAAAUCAAGGUAUCAAAACAGAAUGCAAUCUAGUCAAGUUGAAAGGGAAAAGUCUGAAUUGGAUAGGAAAUGUGAGGUGCUAACAUUGAAAAUUAAUGAUUCGGAUAACUCUUCGGAUGAUGAAUCAAAAGUCUUAUCAAAAGCUGAAAAAGAAAGGAUUAGGUACAGGAAAGAUGAGGAAUUUAAAGCAAGAAAGAUUUCCACUCUGAAAAGAAAAUAUAGAGAAAAUGAGACAUACAGAGAUAUUGCAAUACAAGCAGGUAUCAAGAAAUAUCGAGAGGACAAAGAUUACAGAGAUGCUUUAAAAGAAUCUGGAACUCAGAAAUAUAAAGAAAAUGAGGAUUACCGAGAUAACUUAAUACAAUCUGGAAUUCAGAAAUAUCAAGAAAAUGACAAGUACAGAGAAAAAUUGAAACGAGCUAGUGUAUAUAAAUAUGAAGAAGAUGAAGAACACAAGAAACAUGUCAAACAAGCAAGUGUUCAAAAGUAUAAGGAAGAUGAAAAGCACAAGGAACUUGUAAAACAAGCAAGUGUACAAAAAUAUAAGGAAGAUAAAAAGCACAAAAAACUUGUGAAACAAGCAAGUGUACAAAAGUAUAAGGUAGAUGAAAAGCACAAAGAACAUGUGAAACUAGCAAGCGUAAAAAAGUAUAAGGAAGAUGAAAAGCACAAAGAACAUGUGAAAGUAGCAAGCGUUCACAAGUAUAAGGAAGAUGAAAUGCACAAGGAACAUGUGAAACAAGCCAGUAUAAAAAAGUAUAAGGAAGAUGAAAAGCACAAAGAACAUGUGAAACAAGCAAGUAUACAGAAGUAUGCAGAUGAUGAUUCACACAGAUGUAAAGUUAAACAACAAACAGAAACACGUCGUGAAAAUUUAAAACAGGAAAACAAACAAAUAACUGAAGUUAUCAGAAAAUUUAAGGAUGCGGUUAAGAAAGGUCCAGAAUGUGUUUGUUCUUGCUGCUUGAGGCUUUUCUUUGAAAAACAGGUUAUAAUCUGUAAAAAGGGGUCCUAUGAUAGUUCUAUAUAUGAUUCAUGCACAACAGAGAAAUAUAAACACAUAUGUACAGAUGACUGCAAUACUCAUUGUGCUUUUGAAGGAACAUGCAGAACAAGUCUUUGGAUUUGUUAUACUUGUCAUCGUAAAAUGAUGAGAGGUAAAAUACCUGCAGAUUCGUUUUCAAAUGGUUUAAUGCUUGAAGAUGUUCCAUUAGAAUUAAAACAGCUAAAUUCAAUAGAGCAACAACUAAUAGCCCUGAAUAUUCCAUUCAUGAAGAUAAUGGCUUUACCAAAAGGAGGACAGAAAGGUGUUCAUGGACCUAUAGUUUGUGUGCCAUCUGAUUUGAAAAAAGUUACUACGAUACUACCACGAUCAGAAGAUGAAAGUCUUUUACUUAAGGUUAAACUGAAGAGAAAACUUAACUACAAAGGCUAUGACAAAUACCAAUAUGUUAGACCAAACCAUUUGGAGCAAGCACUUGUGUAUUUAAAGGAUAAAAACGUGUGGUAUAAAGAUGUCGCUAUCAAUGAUGAAUGGAUAAACCCUAUCCCUGAGGUAAAUGAUGAUCAAGUAGUAAAUGAUGAAUCCGAUUCUGAUUCUGAUGAUACUAAGAUGAUGGGGAAUAAAGAAAUACAGAAAGAUGAGUUAGAAAACAUUUCAAAGUCUUCGAAAGUAGACAAUGAAAGAGAGGUAGAAAGCGAACAAUAUAGCUAUAUUGAUGAUAAGUUACGUGGUGUUCAAUUAGAUACUUGUUUACAACCUGCUGACAUAGGACAAGAGGCUUUAGAUUUAUGCUUUGAUCAAGUAUUUAAUUUAGCCCCUGCAGAAAAUAACAAUCCUCUUAGUGUUCUUAAAGAACCAGGUAUUGAAGCUAAAACUUUUCCUGUGCACUUUCCAUCAGGUAAAAAUACUUCGGAUGAAGACCGUGAUGAAAAACUGACAAUUGGAAGAUACUUUAAUCUUCGAUUAAUGAGUGUUGAAAACAGAUUUGCUAGAGAUACCAACUACAUAUUUUUCAGUCAAUAUUUAACAGAGCUCAAUAGUGUGAUUUCAAACGUUCAGAUAUCUCUUAGAAAACAAUGUCCUUUUUCGAAAGAAGGAAAGAAAGUUACAAGAGAAAUGCUUUGCAACAAGGAAACCUUAAAAGAAUUAUUUAAGAAAGAUGAAGCUAUAAAAUAUUUAAAACCCAUUCGUGGAACUCCUCCCUAUUGGCAAAGCUCACAAAAAGAUAUAUUUGCAAUGAUAAGACAGUUAGGAGUCCCCACAUUCUUCUGUUCUUUUUCUUCUGCAGACUUUAGAUGGUUAGAAAUUAUAAACACAAUUUUAAAACAGCAAGGUGACACGAGAAAUAGUGAAAAUAUGACAUGGGAUGAAAAAUGUAAAGUUCUGUGUAGCAAUCCUGUUACAGCAGUAAGAAUGUUUGAUCAUAGAUUUCAUAUGUAUCUGAAGGAUGUUAUCAUGUCAGAAGCUCAACCAAUAGGGAAAAUAAUCGACUAUUUUUACCGAGUUGAAUUUCAACAAAGAGGUUCUCCCCACACACAUUGUUUGUUUUGGGUAGAAAAUGCUCCAAAAUUUGGCGAAGAUGAUAUUGAUGACAUUAUUACCUUUAUUGACAAGUACAUAACAUGUGAGAUACCUGAUGAAAAGGAAGACAAAGAGUUGCAUGACAUUGUUAUGGCAGUACACCAACACAGCAAAAAACAUUCAAAAUCUUGUAAGAAAAAGGGAACAGUAUGUCGGUUUAAUUUCCCAAGACCUCCCUCAUCUAGAACAUUUAUCUCAGAACCAAGUGAUCCAGAUAAAGAUUCAGAGGACGAUGAAGAAUUAGCAAAGGAAAUAUUGUCCGACUUAUGGGAAGUUAUAAAAAAUCAUGAAGAUGAAAACUUAGAUGUUUCUGAAAUUUUCAAGAAGAUAGGACUUACUCAAGAAAGCUUCGAAACAUAUUAUCGUUUUAUCACCAAUCGCAAUACAGUAGUUCUCAAACGUCAGCCAAAUGAAAUAUACACCAAUCAGUAUAACCCACAUCUUUUGAGGGCUUGGGAUGCAAACAUGGACAUACAAUAUAUUUUGGAUGCAUUUUCCUGUGUUGUAUACAUUAUAAGUUACAUAAGUAAAGCUGAGCGAGAGCUAGGAUUACUUCUCCAACAGGCUAAAAAUGAAGCAGAAGAAGGAAAUCUAAAUGCUCAACAGACUAUGAAAAAAGUUGGAACUUCAUACUUACACCAUAGAGAGAUAAGUGCACAGGAAGCAGUGUUUAGAGUAACUGGAUUGAGAUUACGAGAGUGUUCAAGGAAAGUAGAAUUUAUACCUGUUGGUGAAAAUCCAUGUAGAAUGAGCGUUCCUUUGAAAGACCUAGAGAAGCAACAAAAUUGUAAGUCUUCUAAAAGAAAAAAAACAAAAUAG